GUAUCGAUAUCGAACGAAUGUUGAAUGUUGACAUCAAUGGCGGUCCACACGUGUCUUUAGUCUAAUUGUUCAGUGUGUUGAUCACAAGUCACGAUGAGUAAGCUUUUGUUUGUGCUGUUCGAGCACGCUGCUGGCUAUGGCCUCUUCUCUGUCAAGGAAUUUGACGAGGUUGCGGCUCUGUUGCCUCAAGUGGAGAGCAGUGUCUCAGAUAUCAGCAAAUUCCAGUCUGUCGUGAAGCUGGAGGCGUUCCAGGCUUUUAGGAAUGGACCAAACUCUUUGGAUAAUAUCAAUGCUAUUGCAGCAGGAGAAAUGCAUCCAGAUUUGCAGACAUUUCUGGAGAAAGAGGUACCCAAGGGGAAAAAGAAGGUUCAGGUCAUCCUCGGAGUUGGGGAUUCCAAAAUUGGGUCAGCAAUUGCUGAUACUCUAGGAAUUUCUUGUCAACAUACUGGAGUUGUUGUUGAGCUCAUGCGAGGCAUUCGUACCCAUUUCCCUCACUUCAUCAAGGCACUGACAGAGACCACUGCUGGAAAGGCUCAGCUUGGGUUGGGUCACAGCUACUCCAGAGACAAGGUCAAGUUCAAUGUGAACAGAGUGGAUAACAUGAUUAUUCAGAGCAUCAGUCUUCUGGACCAACUGGAUAAAGACAUUAACACUUUUUCCAUGAGAAUCAGAGAAUGGUAUUCUUAUCAUUUUCCAGAGCUGGUGAAGAUUGUCAAUGACAACUACAUGUUUGCAAAACUGACCACACUUAUUGGGGAUCGUGCCAAACUAACUUCAGACAUGGAAGAACAAGUUGAAGAAGUAGUUAUGGAUAGCGCAAAAGUAAAAGCCAUAUUUGAGGCAGCAAAGUCAUCAAUGGGAAUUGACAUUGGUACAAUUGACUUGAUCAACAUCCAGAUGUUUGCCAGACGAGUGAUUAGUCUGACUGACUAUCGCAAGACACUGGCUGAAUAUCUGCACAGUAAGAUGCAGAGUGUUGCUCCAAAUUUAGCUGCCCUUAUUGGAGAACAGGUUGGUGCUCGACUGAUUUCACACGCUGGGAGUCUGACCAAUCUAGCCAAGUAUCCUGCAUCCACUGUGCAAAUCCUAGGAGCUGAGAAAGCUUUGUUCAGGGCGCUGAAAACUCGAGGGAACACACCAAAGUAUGGGUUGAUUUUUCACUCAACCUUCAUUGGCCGGGCAGGUGCUAAGAACAAAGGCCGCAUCUCAAGGUACCUGGCAAAUAAGUGUUCUAUUGCCUCCAGGAUUGACAACUUUUCAGAAAUUCCCACUUCUGUCAUUGGAGAACAUCUGAAGCAGCAGGUGGAGGAUCGGCUGAAGUUUUAUGAGACUGGUGAAAAUCCCGCCAAGAACAUAGAUGUCAUGAGACAGGCAGUUACUGACGCUGUUGAUGCUAAAGAAAAGGCCCUGAAAGUUCAGAAGAAGUUGGAGAAAAAGCAGAAGAAACGCAAACUUGAGGAACAGAAUGGAUCAGUGAACGAGGAAGAGGCGGAGACCAAUGGGGAAGAACCGGCCAAGAAGAAAAAGAAGAAGAAGAAGGACAAGGAUGUGGAUGAGAACACAUCUGCUGUGUUCGAGGUCUCCGAGGAGGCGCAGGUGGAGGCAACACCAGACAAGAAGAGCAAGAAGAAGAAGAAGAAGGAAAAGGACGUGGAUGAGAGUGUGAAUACGACACAAGAGGAGGAAGAGCUUGCAAAUGGGGAUUCGACCAAGAAGAGCAAGAAGAAGAAGAAAAAGUCAAAGGAAGAUGCGGAGGAAAGUAUGGAGCUGAGCUCAGCCCAAGACACCACGAUGGACACAACGGCUGAAGAUCCUGAUAGUUCGGUGAAGAAAAGCAAGAAGAAGAAGAAGAAGGAUAAGAGUAAUGAGUAAAGUGAAAUUGAUAUAGUGUUUUAUGAAAGGAUAAGUAAAGCAUGACGUACUGAGUCAUUGACAGGCAAGUUAAGGCCUGUGAGUAUAAAUUGGUGAAAUAAAUAUUUGUAAGUGAAAGCCAAUUGGUGUUUCAGUGUCGGAUUGGGGCACCUUUUUUUAUCCGUAGAAGACAGGAAAGAAGCUCCAGCGUGAUCUUGUCUGAUUUGUGCUGAAUUAAAAAAAAAAAUGUUACACUUCA